CAUAUCAAAGCUGCGCCGGCGCACGACCGCGCUCACACAGCCAAUAGCGAACCGCCUCUGAAACAAACCGCACGCCGACAACCAAAAAUAUUUAAAAAUAAUAGAUAUUCUAAAUUUAAAAAUGAAGAAAGUACUAGUGCUGUGCGUAGCCCUUUUUGGAACCGUUCUCGCUCAGGAGUUCGAUUGCCCAGACAAAUCUGGAUUCUACCCGGAUCCGUACCAAUGUGACCUUUACUACAAAUGCUCUAAAGGUAAAUCAGAGACGAAGCUGUGUCCGGACGGGCUGGUGUUCGCCGAUGAGAACCCCAACAAGGAGCGCUGCGACAUCCCCUCCAACGUCGACUGUGGGGACAGGAAGGAACUGCAGGAGCCCAAGCCAACUAAAGACUGCCCGAGGCAGAAUGGAUACUUCAGGCACCCUGACCCUCAGGCCUGUGACAAGUUCUACUUCUGCUCGGACGGUAUCCCCAACGAGAUGCCGUGCCCCCCCGGCCUGUACUUCGACGAGGAGACCUCCAACUGUGACUGGAAGGACGUGGUCAACCGCAAGUGUGACGCCAUCACUAAAGACGUCCUCGACGACGGGUUCUCCUGCCCCGACGGCGAGGUAAUGGGGCCCAACGGCCGCGCCCUGCCCCACCCCACCUUCCCUCACCCCGAGGACUGCCAGAAGUUCUACAUCUGCCGCAACGGCCUCCAGCCGCAGAAGGGUCAAUGCCCCAGCGGCAAGGUCUACAAUGAGGACACGUUUAUGUGUGAUGAGCCAGAGAAGGUUCCCGGAUGUGAAAACUACUUCGAAGGCCAGCCUCUUGACAAGAGCAAAGUUCCGAAGAAGGCGUAAUUUAUCUCUGUGUCAUAUUUAUUAAGCUAUUUUAAUUAAAUAUUGUAGAAUAACUUAA